AUGACCGGCAAAGGCAGCACUCCGGGGGCACCCAGCCAAGCACCCGCGGGAGACGACAGCCAGCGUACCGGGGCACGGACGACGCAAGUCUCUUCCCAAGAAGCCCUCACCAUCCCGGACUCUGAGGACCCGGUCGCCUUCGACAACAUGACUGUGGACCACGAGGGGAACUCCCCCCAAAAACGGGGACGCAGUGCCGCAGAGAACGCUGGCGUCAACGCGGGGACAUUGGUGGCGCCGACCCUCACCGUGGAAGCCAUCGCACAAGCACUCCGAGGGGAACUGCGUGAAGGCUUUGCGCAGCAACAGACCCGCCUCUCCAGGGAAAUCAAAGAGGAGAUCGGGGAAGCCAUCACCAAGGUGAACCGUCGCAUCGAGGACGUGGAGUGGGGAGUGACCAAGCAGCUGAACAAGGCCCUGACGGGGAUGCAAGAGCUCUCGACCCGGCAAGACAAGCAAGGAGUUGCCAUAGUUCAAGUGGGGGCAGAGACCAAGCAGCUCGCCAACAAGAUCCUGAACCUCGAGGAGAAGCUCGCCAAGCUGGAGGGACGGGGACCCGGUUACCGCCCCGAAACCGGGGAUGCCCGCAGGCCCGCCUUCAUCGUCGGAGGAUGGAGUCCCGACCAAGAGGCGGCAGUGACUCUGGACAAAGCCAAGGCUGUACUCCGAGAUUUACAAGUGGACGUGGAUAUGGAGGAUGCGUUCGUCCCGGGGCUCCGCAGAGGAUAUGUGAUUGUGCCGAUGGCCGCCAGGACUGACGAGGACACGUACACCAUGCGGGACCGCGUGCAGAAGGCGGUCGUUAGAGUCCGGAACGCAAACGUGACGCUGGGUGAAAGAGAGGACGGGACACCGUCCCGCUUAUGGAUGGCCAUCUCGCAGCCACCAGAACGCCGGAAGAAGGCCCAGCUAGCGGCUAAGGUGAAACGCUUGGUCCUUGAGCAGCACGGGUCCCACCAAGCCCUGGAUGUCGAGUUCUCCACGGGGUCGGUGUGGUAUGAUAACCGCAAAAUUUCCUCGACCGGGGGACCCAAACCUGAGGGGGCAACCGAGGCAGGACUGGGCUGGGUUGAUCUGAACCAGAUUGCCCGCAUGCUCGGGGUCACUGCGGAGAACAUCCAGGAGGCCUGGCAGCCGCUUGCGGCAACCCGCGACCUUGUUGUGGCAACCUGGAACCUCGGGGGCCUCACCCCGUCCAAGACGUUGGAGGUUCUCUUGCCCGCGAUUCGGGGAGCGCCACCGCUUCACAAAGUUGAUGUAUGGUGUUUCCAAGAAGUAGUUGUUCCCGAAGGGAUCAAAUACGACGCCGACCGGAACUGGAGAAUGGUAUCCGGGAAAACAGACCGAGAUUGGAGAGGAGUAGCCGUGGCCUUUCGCACAAGCCUGGGGACGCACUCACGCACUAGUCUCUCUCGUGCUGCGUUGAGCACAUGCAUCGUCAACGGGGGCAACAUCCUAUGCGGGGCCGCCUCCUACCACUUGCCCCACCACGCAACGGUCGACCAAGUCGGGGUCCAGCUAGCAGCCCUUGCAGAGCACCCGGCCAUCCGAGAAAGCAGAGUGUUCCUCGGGGUGGACGCCAACGAGACCCUCACUGCCAGACCCGGGGGGCAAAUUGCUGUUGCCCACACCGCCCGCGGGGACUUCCUGCUCACGUGGAUGUUGGAUCACCGCCUCCGCCUACCACCACAACUACUGGAGCAACCGAGCCACUUCCCCUACAACCCAGAGCUCAGGCCACGCCGCUUGGACUACGUGUUUCUAAAGGGGACCCACUCGGCCGAGGCCCACAUCGGGGACCACAGGGACAUUCCCGCCUCGGACCAUGAAGCCGUGGCCCUCGUGACUGCGAUGCCGCAACCUGGGGACCCCCGUGGUGCGCAACCAUGCUGCGGAGCUCGGCCCCUCAAGUUCCCGCCGAUGCCAGAGAAGGAGGUCCAUGACAUUCUCAAGCCACACGGGGACGUCUACGCUGGACUUAAGGACGCAGCCUUCGCUGUCACCAUCCCUAGACCCGGGGAGAAGUUCAAGGAGAGCGAAGCCGUCAAAAGGCUUCGCAACCGAGCCCAAUGCGCUCCCGCGGGGGCCUCCCGAAGGCAGGCUUGGAAGCAAGUCACCCGGGCAAGGAAACAGGAGCACAAAGCCUGGUCCCAGGACCUCGCGAGACGAGCCGGGGAGCGCUCCUGGUAUGCGUACCGUGAGAUCAAGAAUCAGACGCGGCGGGACAAGCAGUGGGAGGAGAAGCUCACGGACCACCCAGAAUGGCGGCAGCAGCUGACGAAGCACUUCCAGGCCAUCUUUGCUAAAGAGGAUCCCACAGCAGUGCGCGACAGCGCGGCGCGGCUGACGGCCCACCUCACCGUCACGUGCAAGCACACACCCUGGCAGCCGUUUCUCGAAGAAGACCUGCGGGGGAUCAUGGCCAAAUGGCGUAACAACAAGGCGACGGGGGAGGAUCGCAUCAGCCACGAAGCCGUACGCUACAUCUCACUGACGAGGCAGGGCCUCUCCAGACUGCUGUGGCUUUUCAACGACAUCCUGUACAAGGGGACCUUCCCCCCCGGCCUUGACGGCGGCAUUGCGGUCCUUCUCCCAAAGACCAAGUCCCCAGGCGAUUUUGCGGACACCAGACCUAUCACGUUGUCCAACAUCCUUCUCAAGAUCACCGCUCAGCUGCUGCUAAGGAGGGGACUUCCCCUGCUGCGGCCCAUCGGAUCCCUCCAAUUCUGCAAAGCGGGCAGCCAGUCGGUGGAACUCAUCUUGGCAUUGCGGCGGUUAGCCCAACAAUCCCGAGAAUGGCAAGAAAGGUUCUGGAUCAUCAAACUGGACGUGCGCAAAGCCUUCGACUCCAUUAGCCAGACCUACCUCGGGGACCUCAUUGCGACCAAACUCGGGGACGCCCUGCCGUGGGAGGCCCGCACCUGGCUACAACUCAUUGGCGCCCGAGAGUUUCACGUCGUCCUCGGGGACACUGCCGUACCGAUCUCCCAAACCAACGGGGUUCGCCAGGGCUCCCCCGACUCGCCUUCGUUGUUCUCGGCCGGCAUCGGGGAGGCCAUUGAUCAAGUGACCGAGGACCUUCGGGGAGUCCCCCGCCCAAGUGUCAACCCAAAGCUCCCGCCAGCACCACACGGCAUCGGGGCGUUUAUGGACGACACCUACAUCUGGGGCUCCUGCCACGGCUGGAUUCAGAAGUGCCUCGAGGCCGUCCAGGCACGCUUCAAGCAGCGGGGACUCGAAAUAAACCCCAAGAAGACGAUGGUUCUAUGCAGCAUCGAGGGAGGAGAAGGUUUCGUAAUCGGGGACCGCACGGUCGCGGCCGACCCCCCCAGUGCCAUCAUGCCUGUACUGGGCUCCCCGCUUACCUUCGUGAACCAACCAGCCGCCCUGGUCUGCGAGAUGCAGCAUAGGGCACGACGGGGCUACCACGCGAAUAAGAAGAUCCUCGUGUGUAAGGAAGCUAAGCUCGACGACCGGUUGAGGUCAUCAAUCACCUUGAUCAGGAGCGCCGCCCUGUGGGCCUGUGAAACUUGGCCGCUCUCCGAUUAUCUCCUCAAAGCCGCGAAUAGUGUCCAAUAUCACUAUGUCCGCGAAAUCAUUGGCCGCAAACGGGGGCCACAGGAAGCUUGGCUGGCUUGGAAUCAGCGCACGCUCCGCGAGGCCAGAAUGGAAGUCUACAGGAAUAAAUGCUGCGGGGGAAGGUGGAGUACGUUCAUCCUGCGCGUACGGUGGCAACUGCUCGGGCACAUUGCCCGCCACCCGAGCCCCACUAGGGACAUCCUCGUGUGGCGCAACCAACAAUGGUGGCAGGAGCAACGACGGCUCGGCCCAGUUGUCGGGGCCAGGCACCCGCACCAGUUCAAUUCCCAGCUGGACGAUGAAAGGAAAAUCAUCAAAGCAGCGGGGACCGACUGGAUGCAGCAAGCUUGCGACCGACUGCAUUGGCAGCACCUGGUGGAUACCUUCAUCGACCAGCAAGACGUCGAAUGGGCCACCGGGAAACAGGCCAAGCUCCAGAAUAUCAAACAAGCCAAACCGGCCGCCCCGAAGAGAAGAGCACGGGGGCAAGCGAGAGCGAUCCUCCCGCCUGACCAUACACCGCGCACAGCAGCAGUGCUGGCGAUUACAGGGGGAAUGUGCCCCUAG